CCGGCUCGGCCCAUGCUCGGCCUGCUGCUGCUGCUGCUGCUGCUGAUCUGUCCAGCCCACGUUGGAGGACUCUGGUGGGCGGUGGGCAGUCCACUGGUGAUGGACCCCAUCAGCAUCUGCCGGAAGGCCCGGCGCCUGGCGGGAAGACAGGCGGAGCUGUGCCAGGCGGAGCCCGAGCUGGUGGCCGAGCUGGCUCGGGGGGCACGCCUGGGGGUCCGCGAGUGCCAGUUUCAGUUCCGAUUCCGCCGCUGGAACUGCUCCAGUCACAGCAAGGCCUUCGGAAGGAUCCUGCAGCAAGACAUCCGGGAGACGGCCUUCGUGUUCGCCAUCACGGCGGCAGGGGCGAGCCACGCGGUGACCCAGGCCUGCUCCAUGGGCGAGCUGCUGCAGUGCGGGUGCCAGGCCCCUCGCGGCCGGACCCCCGGCCCAUCCGGGACCCCCGGCCCGCCCGGGACCCCUCCCCAGGCCGCCGAGGGCAGCGCCGCCUGGGAGUGGGGGGGCUGCGGGGAUGAUGUGGACUUCGGGGACGAGAAGUCCCGGCUCUUCAUGGACGCCCAGCACAAGCGAGGGAGGGGAGACAUCAGGGCCCUGGUCCAGCUACACAACAACGAGGCCGGACGCCUGGCGGUGCGGAGCCACACGCGCACGGAAUGCAAGUGCCACGGGCUGUCGGGGUCCUGCGCGCUGCGCACCUGCUGGCAGAAGCUGCCGCCUUUCCGCGAGGUGGGCGCCCGCCUGCUCGACCGCUUCCACGGGGCCUCCCGGGUCAUGGGCACCAACGACGGCAAAGCCCUGCUGCCCGCCGGCCGCACCCUCAAGCCCCCCGGCCGGGCCGACCUCCUCUACGCCGCCGACUCGCCCGACUUCUGCGCCGCCAACCGGCGCACGGGCUCCCCGGGCACCAGGGGCAGACCCUGCAACGGCAGCGCGCCCGACCUCAGCGGCUGCGACCUGCUGUGCUGCGGCCGAGGGCACCGCCAGGAGAGCGUCACCCUCGAGGAGAACUGCCUCUGCCGCUUCCACUGGUGCUGCGUCGUCCAGUGCCACCGCUGCCGCGUUCACAAACAGCUCAGCCUCUGCCUCUGACCCAGGCCGCCCGCCUGGGGCCCCCCCUCGGACCUGGGGGAGGGCUUCCACCGGGGCCGCCUCGUCCGGUGCCAUCCUUGCCGGGCGCGCCACCCGCCCUGGGCCCCCACGGACCAGGCGCCCGGGGGACCCGGGGGCGGCAGCGGGAGGAGAAGCGCCUUGGGUCGCAUCCGCCGGGGCUGCGUGGCCCGGUGCCAUCCUUGCCACGCGUACAAACAGCUCAGCCUCUGCCUCUGACUGCGACCACCCGCCCUGGGCCCCCUCGGACCGGGCGCCCGGGGGACCCGGGAGCGGCAGCGGGAGGAGAACUGCCCUGGGUCACAUCCACCGGUGCUGCGUGGCCCGGUGCCAUCCUUGCCACGCACACAAAUAGCUCUGCCUCUGACUGCGACCGACCACCCGCCCGGGCCCCCUCGGACCGGGCGCUUCGGGGACUCAUGGGCACCAGCCGGCGGAGAACUGCCCUGGUUUACAUCCACUGAGGCUGCGUGGUCCUGUGUCACCCUUGCCAGGCGCGCCACCCUCCCUGGGCCCCCACGGACCAGGCGCUCGGGGGACCCAUGGGCACCAGCAGCAGGAGAACUGUCCUGGGUGACAUCCACCGGUGCUGCGUGGCCUAGUGCCAUCCUUGCCACGCACACAAAUAGCUCUGCCUCUGACUGCGACCACCCACCUGGGCCCCCUCGGACCAGGCGUUUCGGGGACCCAUGGGCACCAGCAGGAGGAGAACUGCCCUGGGUCGCAUCCACCGGUGCCGCGUGGUCUAGUGCCAUCCUUGCCAUGCGCACAAACAGCUCAGCCUCUGCCUCUGAUUGCGACCACCUGCCCUGGGCCCCCUCGGACCCGGCGCCCGGGGGACCCGUGGGCGGCAGCAGGAGGAGGACUGCCCUGGGUCGCAUCCACCGGUGCCGCGUGGCCUAGUGCCAUCCUUGCCAUGUGCACAAACAGCUCAGCCUCUAACCGAGACCAGCUGCCCUGGGCCCCCUCGGACCGGGCAUUCUGGGGAGCGGCCUUGGCCGGCUGAGGUCUCGGGGGGUGACCGGAAGGAACUCGGGCUUCAGGGGCAGAAUUGUACCCCCCAUUUAGACCCCUUGCUGACCUCUGACCGGAUGGACAAGGACCCCAGGAGCCCGUUAGGCCGCUAGCCUUGGACACCGUUGUCUGAGGAAGUGUCUGCAAGGACUGGAGAAUCCCCCCCGCCCCCCAGACUAACGGUGGGGAGGACGGGACUCCUGGGUCCCUGGUUGCCUCUGCCCUGCUCCAGCCUCAGACCACGCCCUGCCUUUCAGGCGAACUCUGGCCGGUCCAUCCCCUGGACCCCGGCCCUGCCCCAGCCAGGAAGACCCUCUUCGCUGAAAGAAGGGGUGGAGGGGGAGGGGGUGACGAGAAGGACGUGACCCCCACACGUCUUCCUGCGAGGAAUGCUGAUGGAUUCAUUCAGUCGUAUUUAUUGAGCGCUUACUGUGUGCAGAGCCCUGUGCUAAGCGCUUGGAAAUUCCAAUAGGCCCCGGGGCGCCCGUUGACUGGAGCAGCUUUGGGAGAUAACAACAACAAUAAUAACAGUGGUAUUUGUUAAGUACUUACUAUGUGCCAAGCGCUGUUCUAAGA